AACCGGCUAAUCUCUGGAAAGUUUCAUGCUGCGCCUUUGUUUCCUGACAUCAGCGUUUCUGUAAUCCUGCCCCGUUUAAAUCCACUUGAAAAUGACAUGGAAAGUCACAAUACAAUUUUAAAUGUAUGCAAAAUUGCUUAAAACAAUUAAAUAAAUAGAUUUUUUUUUACAUUACAAUUAAAGUUGAAAAUAGAUUACAAAAAGAUUUAGCUUUAAUUAUCAUGAUUUUACGUAUGUGCAUUAUUAAAAGUGGUUAUUUAUGGUAGGUCCUUGCAUGACGGAUUACACCAAGCAUCUGAGAUGGUAAACAAACUGAUGAUGUCAGAGGCUUAGUGAUGAAGAGGUUUAUCACUGCAGACACCUGUGUGUGAUUCAGACCGCUCCAGACCUGCAAGACAGCAUCUGGCAAAGGUAAGAAAUUAUUUUAAGACAAAAAAAAGGGCCUGUAACCAGAAAUAUUCAAACUCUUUGUGACUCUCCUCACGCAGGUGAUUUGUUGGUGUGUUUUGGUGAUGAUGAAUAUUCUGGAGGACGUUCCUUUUCAGACCCCUUUGGGACCGUUAGGUGUUGAGAUACAGAUGUCGACUUUACCUGAUAUUUCUGUACCACAAUGCCAUCAGAUCAUGCAGGAAACUGAGUAUCGAUUCAAUCUGGAGAGAUGGAUUUUAACUGGGCAGCAGCCGGUGAGUCAGGUUCCCUCUUGCCCCCCCUACUGGCUGAUGUUCAGUACCCCUCCAGAAACCCACAAGCUCACUCCUAGGGGCCAGGAUCUGUGGGCCCUCCGGCCCCGCAGCCACAGCCUGAGCUCCGCGGAGGACUGCUGGUUGCACCACCGCGCCGUCAAGUUCCUCCCAGCUGACUCCGAUGAAGAAGAUGGCUCAUAUAAGGACAUCGCCGGGGUCCCCAGAGAACGGCCCCGCAGUGCCAGGGACCCAGUCUCCAGGGUCAAAGACAUGCACCUCGCUCAUUCCUCACACCGAGGUAAGCCGGGGUUAUCUCCGGUCCUCAAAGGUCACAGAGCCACGUCUUCUCUCCCGGACUGCAGACCACCUUUACGCGCGCUGGAGCAGCUCAGAUCACAGCAGGCAAGCUCGCUGUCUCAGGGACAGAAGAACGGCAAGAAGAGGCAACGCUCUCUGGGCAGACGGUUCUCCCAAAACACUCCGCCCGCCCAGCAUUCUCCAUCCAGGCCCCUGCAACAACGACCCUCCUCGGCUAGAUCUGUCAGAAACCGCAGGAGAAAGGUCAUGACAACUCCUGGCUCUCGUGGUGUUUUCUUUGACUCAGCAGCAGAGCUUCUGACAGCUCUCAGCCAGGAGGAGAGGGAGUUACUCGAAACCAUCACAGAGAAAGGAUACCCGUUACGCACUGCCAUCCUGGCUCUGCAGAAAACUGGCUAUCAGAAUCCAGAGAAGGUCCUAAAAUACCUGGUUGCAUGUGAUCGUCUUUGCCAGCUGGGCUACGAUGAGGCACAAGUGGAGGAAGCUUUGGAGAUGUUUCAGAAUUGUGAGAGCAAGGCUGCGGAGUUCCUCCACUUGCUGACUCAGUUUGAUGAGAUGGGCUUCCAGCAGAGCGCAAUCAAAGAAGUGCUGCUUGUUCAUGAAAACCACCGUGAGCGGGCUCUGGAGGAGCUGAUGACACGCAUGGCUUAGGUAGUCCAGUCUGAAGACACAGCAUCUGGCUUCAAACAUUUAACUCAAGCUGCAGCAGCAAGCUUGAAAACCUUUGAUAUUUGUCAAUAAUUAGUCUUAGUUAAAAUGUUUUAAAAAUUUUAUUGACAGAUUUUUAAAAAGUGAAAAAAAGCAUUAAAAUGUCACAG